AUGCUGUGCCCGUCCAGGAGCCAGCGCUGCUUCCCAGGACCUUUCUGUUGGGCCCGCCACAGCAUGCUUCCUUCGCAGGGGUGUUUUUUCCUGGUUUCCUGGACACUGAGACGGGAGGACACCAAGGGCCUUUUUGGGCUGCCCUGGGGACACUGUGAGCAGCUGCUGCGCCCAGCAUUCCCUAGGGAACACGCGACCCUGCUGCCAGCCGGAGCCCCCUCCUCGCUUCCUGGUGGCGGCAGGAUGCUGGGUUGGAUCGAGCGGGUGGUUCCCCAGCCCCCGGUGCUCCAGCUGACGGAGAAGAUCCCCCCGGCCCCAUUGCGGGACCCAGAGCAGGCUAAGGCACCGAUGGGAAAGGCCAGUGGCCCUGGGGAUGCUGCAGACCACACGCAUGCCGAGGAAAUGGAAAAGAGGGUGGGAUUCACAGUCCCAGAGGAUGCAGUCUCUGUCUUUGAGAGUGUGGGGAGCAGUGUGCUCUCCUGGAUCUCCCAGGGGCUGGAGAAGGUGAUUCCCCAGCCGGUACCAGCCCCAGGGAUGCUGCAGGUGCUUGGGAAGAGCUUUGAGACCAGCAUCGAUGUCCCUGAUCAGACGGAGGUCCAGAUCCUCAGGGACGAGGAAGAGGAUGCUCUGGAGAUAACGCCCUUCGAUCAGGCAGGGACACGGGUGCUCAGCUGGCUGGUGCAGGGCUUUGAGAGGAUGGUGCCACAGCCGGAGAUGCUGAAAAAGCCAGAGACGGAGCUGAAGGAGCAGAAGUGCGAAGCCACGGUGGGAGGCACAAAAGGGACUAAAACCCAGGCAAAGUCAAAAAGCGGCAUUUCAGCCACCCAGAGCAUCCUGGGAGCAGCAGAGCCAGCAGCAGCAGAGGGGCAGCCGGAGCCCAUGGCCACCCUCGUCCCUCAGUCCCUGGCUGGGGACAGCAGCAGGAUGUUUGCCUGGUUGGUCCAGGGGCUGGAGAAGGUGAUGCCGCAACCGGUGAUCAGGGCGAAGCAGGACGCGCAGGGAAUGGCCACUGCAGCCUCGACUCCCGUGGAAGAAAUUCAUAUUGUCCCUGGGGAACCUGAGGAGCCUGACCUCGUCCUGGAAGAGAUCAACGAUGCCUGGAUUAAUGAAGCCACAUGCGAGAUGAUGGCCUGGGGUCGUGAGGCUGAGCUGGUGGCAGAUGCUCAUCCCCUUCCCCCCAUACAGGAGGAACCUCAGGAAGAAGAGAACAGACUGUGGCUGUGCUCCCUGAGCGCCGCUGAGGAGGAGGAGGAGGAGGAAAAGGAGGAGGAGGGGGAGGAGGAGGAGGAGAAGAAGGAGGAGGAGGUGGAGGAGACCGCGGGGCCCCUGCUGCGGUCGCCCUGCCUCACUGCUGACGAGGGUGUGGAUGAAGCCUACUUUGGAGAGGAGGCCCUCAGGUUUGAGCAGCUGGAAGAAGCGGAGAUCAGUGACCUGGAAGGUGCUUUUGUGCAGGUGGAAGAGGAGACAGCUGAAGCUGCUGAAACCGAUACCGAAGGCACUUACCCAGCUGCGGACUUAGAGGAUGUGGACGGCAGAGGCAAAGCCCCGGAGCCCGAUGGUACCCGCUUACCAGUGCCCACCGCCAGUGCUUCCCAUAGGCUGGCGGUGCCUGGCGCAGUGCCGGCAUCCCCCAGGAGGAGGCUGCUGGCCCCAGCGGAUGGUCUGGAUGAGGGAUGGGUGAGACAGUCCCCGACGCGGGUGCUGUUGGGCUGGGAUGAGGAGCAACAGGAAAGCCUGCCCGAGCGCAUCGGUUCGGCCACAAGCCUGAGCAGUGCCGUCAUCAACAGCCGGCUCCAGGAGCUGGUGAAGCUCUUCAGGGAGCGGACGGAGAAGGUGAAGGAGAAGCUAACUGACCCUGACGUCACCUCGGAUGAUGAGAGCCCUGCGACCUCCCCUGCCAAGCCAGCGCCUGUGGCAGCGCCCAUGCCUGCCCCUGGCGGGGAGCCGGAGGGGGAUAAGCCAGGUGGGGACGAGCACUACUGUGAGAUGCUGUGCUGCACCUUCAAGUACCGGCCCUGGCUGGACCGCCUGAAAAGCUACCAGUUCCCCAGCAGCAUCGACCCACUCACCAACCUGAUGUACGUGCUGUGGCUGUUCUUCGUCGUCAUGGCCUGGAACUGGAACUGCUGGUUGAUCCCCGUCCGCUGGGCUUUCCCCUACCAGACACCAGCAAACAUCCACUUCUGGCUGCUCAUGGAUUACCUCUGUGACCUCGUCUACCUGCUGGACAUCCUUAUCUUUCAGACCCGGCUGCAGUUCGUCCGGGGGGGAGACAUCAUAACUGAUAAAAAGGCCAUGAAAGAGAACUACCUGCGGUCACAACGCUUCAAGAUGGACGUGGUGUGCCUCCUGCCCCUGGAUUUCUUCUAUUUCAAAGUCGGUGUCAACCCCCUCCUGCGCUUCCCUCGCUGCCUGAAGUACAUGGCCUUCUUCGAGUUCAACAACCGCCUGGAGGCCAUCCUGAGCAAGGCAUACAUCUACAGAGUGAUCCGGACCACUGCCUAUUUACUGUACAGCUUGCAUGUGAACUCCUGCCUGUAUUACUGGGCAUCAGCCUACGAAGGACUGGGGUCCACCACCUGGGUCUAUGACGGGGAAGGAAACAGCUACAUCCGCUGCUACUACUGGGCAGUCAAAACCCUCAUCACCAUCGGGGGUCUGCCUGACCCCAAGACCCUGUUUGAGAUCGUCUUUCAGCUGCUGAACUACUUCACAGGCGUCUUUGCUUUCUCUGUCAUGAUAGGGCAGAUGAGAGAUGUGGUUGGUGCUGCUACCGCAGGGCAAACGUACUAUCGGAGCUGCAUGGACAGUACCAUUAAGUACAUGAACUUCUACCGAAUCCCCAAGAUGGUUCAGAACCGGGUGAAAACAUGGUACGAGUACACGUGGCAUUCACAAGGCAUGCUAGAUGAGUCAGAGCUGCUGGUGCAGCUGCCGGACAAGAUGAGGCUGGACAUCGCCAUCGAUGUGAACUACAACAUCGUGAGCAAGGUGGCCCUCUUCCAGGGCUGCGACAGGCAGAUGAUCUUUGACAUGCUGAAGCGGCUCAGAUCAGUGGUCUACCUGCCCAAUGACUACGUUUGUAAGAAGGGAGAAAUCGGCCGCGAGAUGUACAUUAUUCAGGCGGGACAAGUGCAGGUGCUGGGAGGACCUGAUGGCAAAACCGUGCUGGUGACUCUGAAAGCCGGAUCUGUGUUUGGAGAAAUCAGCUUGCUGGCAGCAGGGGGGGGAAAUCGCCGAACAGCAAACGUCAUCGCUCAUGGCUUUGCGAACCUCUUCAUUUUGGAUAAGAAGGACUUGAACGAGAUUUUGGUGCAUUAUCCAGAGUCUCAGAAGCUGCUGCGUAAAAAGGCCAAGAAAAUGCUGAGGAACAACAAUAAGCCCAAAGAUGAGAAGGGAGCGCCCGGAGACCCGCUGAUCAUCCCCCCAAAAGCUGACACCCCGAAGCUCUUCCAGGCUGCCCUGGCUGCCAUGGGGAGGGCAGGGGGCAAGGGGCCACUGGCCCAGCUCCUGUGGAGGCUGAAGGAGCUGAAGGCGAUGCAGGCGACGCAGGGUUCCAGCUUCAGCCCGACCCCACCAAAAUCACCCGUGCACCGGAGAUCGCCUGCCGCCUCCCACAAAGCACGUGUCCACCUGGGAGAAGAAUUGUUCUCAAAAUCCUCUGACAGUUUAGUCACCAUUCGUGUGAUUGCCACAGCACAGGAUGACGAGGAAAUCCUGGCUGCUGAAAUCUCAGAGAAAGAAGAAGAAGACAAAGAAGAGAAAUGAAAACAGAGCUGCUCCGGGGGCAGGAGUAGGGGCCGGGCAAAUG